AUGGUUGAGAAGCAGGAUGGGGCAAUUGAGGGGGUUGAGGGGAUAGCCGCUUUAUGCAGUGGCUUUGUUUAUUUUCUAACUGACCUGGCACAGCGUAGGCGGAGGCGAUGCAUGUUUCCUGACAUUGGGCCAGUGAUGUAUGGCCUGACCUUCAAAAUAAGGAACAUCUUCUCUGUGGCCGAUGGAUGCACAGAUUGGUCUGUCGAUAUCAAGAAAUACCAAGUUUUGGUGGGAGAGCCUGUUCGCAUCAAAUGUGCACUCUUUUAUGGUUAUAUCAGAGCCAAUUACUCCCUAGCCCAAAGUGCUGGACUCAGUUUGAUGUGGUACAAAAGCUCUGGUCCUGGAGACUUUGAAGAGCCAAUAGCCUUUGAUGGAAGUAGAAUGAGCAAGGAAGAAGACUCCAUUUGGUUCCGACCAACUUUACUGCAGGACAGUGGUCUUUAUGCCUGUGUUAUCAGAAACUCCACUUACUGUAUGAAAGUAUCCAUCUCACUGACAGUAGGUGAAAAUGACACUGGACUCUGCUACAAUUCCAAGAUGAAGUACUUUGAUAAAGCUGAACUUAGCAAAAGCAAGGAAAUUGCCUGCCGUGACAUAGAAGACUUUUUGCUACCAAGCAGAGAACCUGAAAUACUGUGGUAUAAGGAAUGUAGGACAAAAACAUGGAGGCCAAGUAUAGUAUUCAAAAGAGAUACGCUGCUUAUAAGAGAAGUCAGAGAAGAUGACAUUGGAAAUUAUACAUGUGAGUUAAAAUAUGGAGGCUUUGUUGUGAGAAGAACUACUGAACUAACUGUUACAGAGUUCUUGGCUGAGGCCCCCUAUAAUAAAUGGCAGGUUAACAAGAGAAAAACAGACAUGUUUAUUAAAAUGUACAUGUACCUGGAAGAUACCUGGGAAACUUAUUACCUUGCCAAGAUGGCCAAAGGCACCCCCUUAAAUAUCAUCUUUGGCUAA